UCCCCGUCUUUAUUUCCCGGACACGGUCCGUACUUUUCUUUCAUCUUUCUGCGUUUGCCUUUUUUUUUCCUCGCGUCCGCAUAUGCGUGUAUAGUUUUGUGUCUGCUUUGUGACUGGCAUGACCCGCAUCUACUGACAUAAUUUCACAUGAGCUUGAAAAGCUGGCCUAGAGGCUCUCAUACCGCCAUCCGACCGCCUCGGUCAUUUACCGACCACCUUGUGUGACCACAAUCCUUUGACAUCCAUCACAGUGAACCGUGCAAUAUAAUUUGGUUCGGUGCUUAUAAAUAUCCGAUUUCACCACUAUUCUGCAACAUAUAGGCAGAACAGAAUCGGAGAACAGACCCAAUAACUGACAGGAUGUCCGGCAUGGACCAGACCAACGACUGGCCUGGCGGAGGAAGCGAAUACUACACCACCGAGGCUUCGUCGGAUAGCCACAGAACCACAGCCAACGAAUAUGCCACUACAACAGACCAGUGGGGAUACGUCGUCACUCAAUAUCCCGGAGAAAGCACCACCACCACCACCACCACCACCGCAACAUCCCAAUCAACCGCAACCUCCACCGCCACCGCAGUCUCCUCCAAAAGCAACACCAACACCAGCAGCACCAACACCACCAACACCAAGACCAUCGCCAUCGCGGUCCCCGUCGCCGUGGUCGGAGCAGUCAUCAUCGCAUCCCUCCUCUUCUUCAUCUGCAGACGCCGGCGUCAACGCAACCGCAACCACAACCACCCCAUCCCAGCCCCCCAAGCCAACAUGACCCCCGUCCCUCGCGACCUCCACCCCCCACCAAACCGAUCCUCAACCUGGGAAUUCGCCCCCACCAACUCCCACGAUAUCCCCUUCUCUGGCCCCAUCCCCGGCCGACCCGUCCCUCAGCACGACCAUCCCCGCGACCUCAACCCAUCCUCAAGCAUCCACACCGGGCCCAUCACCACACCUAUCCCAACUGAAAACCGCCACCUAACACCAAACCACCCACCACCAGCAUCAGUAGCACCAGCACAAUCCCACCCCAUCAUACCCCCCACCAUCCCCACCUGGUCCGAACAACCCCGCGACCGACCCACCUCCCCCUUCGACCAUCCGCUCGACGACGCUGUAUCUGAGAUCUCCCGUCGAUCGAGAGAUCUAGAUGAUAUAUCGUCUGUUUCGUCGUUUGGGGAGGAUGAGGAGCGUCGGCCGGCGAUGCUUCAUCGUUCGUGAUUGUGCUUGAGAGGAUGAGGAUGGGGAUGGGGGGGUGUGGUUUAGUAGGCGUUGAUAUGAUUGCAUGGGUUGGAAUGUACUACACGCUCGUUUUUGGUGAUGAGGAAGGGUGUUGGUUCUAUGUGGGAGGGAGGGAGGGAGG